UCUGUACCCCACAAUGUCUAAUUACAUCGCUCCUUCUCUUUUAUCUAGUUGUAGCCAUACAAUCACAAUGCAACAAAAAGUUUCUAUAAAAUCCUCCACACCCAUAUCACUCAAUUAAUUAGAUAGAUCUCCACCAAAACUAAGUAAAUAAAUAAAUUACAAAGAAAAGAAGUGUACCAAAAUUAUGGGAGAUUAGCAAUAACAAGGCAACGAUGGCGUGCAUGGUCGACGCCAUGUGCUCCAACGCCGAGUACAAGGAAACCUGCCAAAAUACCCUCUCCAACGCCAACGUAACCGAGCCCAAGGAGCUUCUUCUGUCGGCGUUCAACUCCACCAUCCGAAACCUCAAAACCGCCAUCCGAAAUCGGUUCUCUACAAAGACGCGGCGGAGGAUCCCCGCACCAAGGGUGCCUUGUCCGUCUGCGACCAAGUCCUUAACACCACCAUCGACAAUAUGAGAAGAUCUUUCAGACAAGUCGACAAAAUCGACGUCAACCAAAUCGACGACUACGUCGACGACGUCAAGGUCUGGCUCAGCGCCGGCCUCACCUGCAAGGACACCUGCGUCGACGCCUUCGAGAACACCACCUGUAUACAUCAUUUCUAAAUCUGUUACAGACUCAAUGUCCUACAUCGAUAGUCAAGUAACUAACUAGUAUUUUGGGAUGGGUUCUCCGGUUUGUUCUGGAUCAAAAUCCAAUUUGGUAACUAAUUAAUUAAUUUUGUGUUGGUAUAGGGGAAACCGGCGACAAGAUCAAGGACUUGCUCAAAACCUCCGGCGAGUUGCUCAGCAACGGCCUAGUGAUGGUAUCCGGGGUGUCGAAGCUUUUCGAGUCGCUUGAUCUUGGGAAACUGCUCAGCGGUUUCAAGAGGGUCCUGAUGGACAACGUCCCUGAUUUCGUCGGCCAUCACACGAGGGGCCUCCUCGGCGCUGCGCCGGGGACUUUCGCUUUGAGUGCGGUGGUGACGCAGGACGGAAGCGGGAAAUACAAGACAUUGCGGAGGCUAUCGCCGCGGCGCCUUUGAAUAGUACUCAGUUGUUCAUAAUCCAAAUCAAGGCCGGUGUUUACAAGGAGGUUCUCAAGGUCCCCGGUGGUGCCAACAACGUCAUAUUCGUCGGAGAAGUCCCCACGAAGACCGUCAUCUCCGGCAGCCAGUGCUUCACAUGGGGCAUUCCUGCCUUCCAGACGGCAACUCUCUGUGAGUGCAGAGUAGCUAUUUAAAUCAUGAAAUUUAAUCAAAUUCUGGAUGAAAUUAAAAUAAUUAUUCAAUAAUGAAGUGUCAACUUUUUCUUAAAUGUUACAUCUAUAUAUAAAAUGAGUCUUUAGAUGAUGUUUAAAAUGACGUGUUUCAUGUAGCUAUUGAUGGUGAUGACUUCAUGGCGAAGGACAUCGGGAUCGAGAACACGGCAGGAGCCUUGGGGCGCCAGGCGGUGGCGUUGCGUGUCUCGGGCGACAAAGCCGUGUUCUACAACGUGCAUAUGAGCGGCUACCAGAGCACACUCUACGCGCACAUCUACCGCCAGUUCUACCGCGACUGCCGCAUCAGCGGCACCAUGGACAUCAUCUGGGGCGACGCGGUGGCCGUGUUCCAGAACUGCGACAUCGCGGUGAGGCAGCCGCUGGCGGACCAGAUCUGCUCGGUGACCGCGCAGUCCCGCAACUACACCCGCGGGGCCGGGGUGACCGUGGUCCAGAACUGCAGCAUCACGGCGGAGAAGGAGUUCACGGCAGCGGAGCCACUGGAGAAGGCGUACCUGGGGAGGCCGAUGAAGGAGUACUCGAGGACGAUCGUGAUGGAGUCGAGCAUCGACGGGUUCAUAGAGCCAGAGGGGUGGACGGAGUGGAUGGGGACUUACGGUCUCGACACGCUCUACUACGGCGAGUACAACCACCGUGGGGCAGGGGCGGAUUUGGCGAAGCGGGUGACGUGGAAGGGUAUUCAGAAGAUGACGCCGGAGCUGGCUGAAGGCUUCACACCGGCCAAGGUCUACGCCGGUGAUGACAGCUGGGUGAAGAACACCGCAAUUCCUUAUGUUGGAGGCAUGGUUAAUCCUAAAUAAGUUUUUCAUACAUAUUGCACUUUUCAAUAACUGAGGCAUGUCUCAUUCUAUCCAAGUUGUCUCUUUUGUUAAUGAGAAACUACAAGUAUUCUAAUGUUAAGCUGCAUGUUAUGCUAAGUUUAAAGUUUUUAACAUUGUAAAUAUUUCUUUAGAAAGAAUAAAUUAAAGAGAACGAAGUAAGAGAGUGAGGAAAAAGUAAAAAAGGAAAAAUAAAUUACUUGAAAAAAUGAUUCAAAUAUGAUACAAUGGAGAGAGUAUAUAUAGCCCACUGAAGACGGGGUUUUUGCACGUGUGUCGUGUGCACGUGUCCCUACUUCAACAAGAUUUAUAGUUUCUCACUUUUGCAACUAAUAUUACAAAGUAUAAGCGGCAAGAGCGGGGUCGAACCACAGAGACUAGGGACCUACUCGAGAUCGAUUCUAUGACACGGGGUUGGUGUUAGCCACCACACCUUAAACUCUUGAACAUGGACCUAAACACUAAAGUGGGAAACUUGAACUUUAAACACGAAAAAACUGAGUUUGAGUGCUUAAACUAAAUCUAACCUAGUGAGCAUGAUUGCACGAGAACUGAACAACACUUUGAAACAGAGAGCUUGAAAACCAUAUGAAAGCAUGAUUACAUGAGUAUAGUCUAAAAAUUUGCAGAGGUUGUUUGAGCUCGAAAAGGGAAUGAAAUUGGUUUUGCUUACAUUAACUAAUAGACUACUCUAAAUUAGAUCAACAAUUCUUACGCAAACUAAGGCCUUAAACAAAUUAAGAAAAUGCAUUUUAAUCUACUAGACUAGAGAAGAUUAAAUAACUACACCCCCUUCUAAAGAGCACCUUAACUAGAAAUUAAAUAAACACUAAACUAAAGUAAACCCCAUCAUAUCCUGCUGAACAAAAUCUCGACUAUCCAAGUCUAGAAUCACUAGACUUGAGUUUUAAAACAAACUAACUCAUUCAUGAAAUUAAAUGAACCUUCUAACAAAUGAAAUGCUAUUAAUCAACCUGCAACUGGAAUGAGAUAAUGAAAUAGCCAAAUGACUACAAGAACUCAAACAAAACUCAUUAACUGGAAGGAAAAAAAAGGAAAUCAAAUGGGACUACUCAAAUUCGAAAAGAAACUGAACUAAUGGAACGGUAGCUAUCAAUUAUCUAAACACCAUUAUGCAAUCUGGAGAAGAGUUGGAAAAUGGCAGGAAACAAAGCUAAAGGGAAAACUAAAUCUGCACUAAGCUAAAAUAAGAGCUGAAAUUCCCAGAAAUAACCACAGUAGUCAAACAAUGAAGUAAAAUAAAGCAAUAAAAUGAGUGUCUUCUAUCCCAUAGUUUCUGAAUUGCAGCAAAAAUCCUUUGCAAACAGUAGCAGCGUGAAAUGAAUCUUCAACCAUUGUCUAAGAAAAUCCUCUCCAUUGUGGUGUGAGAUGAUGUGAAUUCUGCGUGGGAUCCUCUCUGAAUCUGCCCUCCUUUUUUUUCUUUUUAAGUGGCGGCUCCUUCUUGAGCUAGGUCACAAGACUCCCAUAAAAUUAGUCUUAACUCCUUCCUUUCUUU